AUGUUCUUCAAAUUCCGUUGUCAAGAGGACGCGGCAAGUGAGCUCCUGAGAAGGUGUCUUGACCAAGCCGUUUUACGGACCUUCCUGGCGGCUAGAGUUCAAGUACUGUUUCGACCAACCCCGUCUUACGCGACGAAGGUAAGGAUAGGCUACCACUUCACAACACCAUCAUGCGCAUUUACUCCUUUUCUUGCUCCUGAGGAGCAGGCUACACUGGUCGUACGAGUCGGCGCCUAUCGGCAAGAAUAAGUGAGCACUUGCCCGCAUGGCUGAGGAAGGGUGAAGAUAACAGCAAACAUGGCUCCAUACUCGCACACAUGGUCGAUUCUGGGCAUUGUGUGGAUCUCAACAAAGCUUUCCGUGUGAUUUACAGGGUCCAAUAUAACUACCCUAAUCGACUGGAUCAGCGCUUACUUGCAGCAGCAGCAGCAGCAGCAGCAGCAGCGGCAGCAGCAGCAGCGGCAGCAGCAGCAGCAGAUGCGACUGUCACCAGGCUAUUGGCCGGUCCUGCGCCUGCAGAAGAACCUCUUGCACGCUCCGCGUCUGCCGUAG